AUGCUUGAUGUCGCUGCCCCUGGCAAGCCACCGCUGCGUGCAUUGCUUGAGCAACCGAAAGUAAAUGCCCACGAGGUGUGGGACUGUGUCGCAUCGGAGAGUGGGCACGCAGUUCGACAGGAUGCGCGCGGACAUGCGGGUGCGCUUAUUGUGCUGCAUAUCAUAGCACAACUCACUGGAUGGAGCAUUACGACGCCGCCGUCGAAGGCGGUUGAAGACCAGCAGAAAGACGUAGAUGCGCGCGAACGCAUGAAUGUCGAUGAGGUUGAGCGUCGGCAUACACAUCGUCUUGCUCCUUUUUCUACGUACGCACUGCAUAUGCGCCUGCCGUCUGGUGACUAUUUCACGAAUGGCGUGAGCUUAGAAGAGGCCAAAGCACAGGCGCUAGAUACUGGUGCAGCUGAUCUUGUGUCGAUUGCGCCGCGUAUGCAAGACACACGUAAAGCUACAUUAGGCGAACGGCUCCCACCAAUGCCAGGUGCUCGAUCGAAACGCAUGCAUGGAGGAGGCGGAGGAGGACGUGCGUCAGCAUUCUUGUCAUACGGUCCGUUUGGCUCAUCACUUGGACCUUCAUUCGACUCUUCUGGGUGCCUUUUUGGGCCAGAGGCAACGCAACUGGUGUGGACUGAGCGUCAGCGCGUAUCGCGGUACUUGCGUCGUCGUUGGGGCGCUUCUCUGGCCCAGCAAGUCGAGUCAGCCUACACUCAGCAGGCAAUGGAUAUUGCCACGGAUGAGCUAUCACCGACAUUGCCAACGCCAGUACCAGCACAAGCGCAUUCGAUACAUGAUGUGCAAGAAACGUCUCUUUCUUCCUUGUCUUGUUCUCGUCUUGCGCAGAGAGCCGUGGAACUAGAACCGACCUUGGAUCCUGCCUUAAUGGAAAGUGCCCUGCAUAUUCUAGAUACGGAUGAGAUCCUAGCUCAGAAUCAGGAGCGGCUAGAUGAGCUCCAAGAGCUUCAGUGGCUUCGCGUGCGUAUGGACAACGACCAUACACCUAUUCCACUUGCUAUGAUAGAGCGCGAGCAGCGGCUCGCCGAGGACGCACUGCAUUCUCUUGUUGACCUAGUGCGCCGCGUACCACCAUCCGCGCUGGGCCACACUGCUCAAGCAGCUGGCCCUCUCAUUCUCAUGUCGCAUGUCGUGCUGAUGACGUCUUUGUCCACACGAGCUAACCACGAUAUAUUGUCGCAUGGGUACUGGGGCACUUUGCCCGAUACAUAUCACGGCGCGAAAACUCAAACGAAUGUGGCCGUGCCAGGCUCGACUCCUAGUCUCAUGGCAUGGGCUCCACUCGUUCGUCCUGGAGUCGUCGCUGAUAAUACGACAGCCGAGCCAGAGCCUGGCAAGAGACCCGCAUUCAUGCACGCCUAUGAACAAUACUCAGGCUCACCAGCGGCUGCUGUGCGAAAUGCUAUGGUGCAGCCACGGCCUGUACCAUCAUACCCCGCGACAGCGGCCGCAGUACAACGACCAUUGGUGUACGCUUCCCCCACUAGCAUGGGCCUCGGGAUACAUGGAUCGAUAAAUGGCAAUAGAAGCUAG